CCCCACGAAAACAACUUUGUGUCCCAUAAGAAACAGUGUAGUAACAUUGACCGCCCAAAGGGCUCGACUCACGGAUGAGAGCGCGAGCACGGCGCUGCUUCUUCAUCGGCGAUCGCACACGGAUUCUGAGACGAUGGAUUACAAACUCUGAAUAAAGUUGCUAAUUAUUAGUGUUAUUAAUACCUGCUGGUCAUUUUGUACGUCAUAUUCUGACGCACUGAUUUUUUCUUCUUAAACAUACUAACAUCUUUACAUUGCUAUAAGCGCAAUGAUUUUGAUCGUUUAUCAUUAACGGCGGAAUAUAUAGGCUAUUUCAAGUUUUUAACUUUUUUUUUUUUUUUUUUUUUUUUAUAAAAACGCAUUUGAAAACAAUGGACUUAAUAUUCUGUAAAGUUCUGCUUGUGACUCUCCUGACUGUUCAGGUUCGUAGUGACAUAGUAUCACCGUCAAAACACCCAGGCCUGCAGGUGCUGGCCACAGCUUCACACUACUGGCCUCUGGAUUCAGUGGAAGGGAUCCACGGCCUCUCAGACCAGAUUGGGAACAGAACAGGUCAUGUUAAUGGGACUAAUAUAACUGUCAGAAUCCACAACCACACUGUCCUGACUACACAUAAUUCUUCCUCUGUGUAUACCAAUGACUCUGCCUACACUAACAUUUCCGCCACUGUAGACAUUGUAGAAGGAAUGGUGAAUAAGGGCAUCUAUCUGAGCGGUGAUAAUGGGGCCACUUUCCUUCACUUUGGCAACUAUAAAGACUCGUGCAUAAGUGAUCCUACUUUGUGUGGACCUGCCGGGAUCACUUUCUCCUUCUUUUGGAAAAAUAAUGAGGUAGACUCUCGUUUUGCGAUUGCAUCUGGAGGUAAAGUCAUCUCAAGCGGUUUCUCUGUCUACUCUAACCCUCACGGCGGAUACGUGGAGUUCUACACGAGAGGAAACUCCAAGACAUGGAAAGCUCAUAUUAAACUUCCAGGGCCCUACUGGACACACGUGCUCUUCACAUGGACCCCAACGGAGGGGUUAAAAGUCUACAUUAAUGGGACAUUCAGCGUUGGAGACCCCACAGGAAAUAUUUCUUAUAAUUAUGGCGAUCCCUAUGCCGACCUUGUCAUUGGCACAGGAAACACUGGGAAUUACAACCACUAUGCCACAGGGGCCUUCGAUGAGUUUGUGAUUUGGGAGAGGGCCUUGUCCCCUCAGGAUAUUUGGAAGUACUACAAAGCAGCCAUCGGUGAGAAUGUGAUGUCCACCUUCCCAACCGAAGCAUCCGUCAGUGUCACUGCUGCAACAGAUACUCAGUUAAAGAGAACCACAGAGAUCCCCCGACCUGCCUCCACAUACCUGACAAAGGCCGUUCAGAGACUUCAGGACCCCAUGCAGACACAAACACUCGACCUCCUUCAGUCUCUAUCAUUUAACUUUCCAAACAACACUAUACCUCAGCAAACAGCCAACAAUCUUACACAGUCUCUACUAAAAAGUGUGGAUGAGGUCAUAACUGCCAGCGACUGGAGAGAAAAUGAUGAGUGGAGUCCAGUGGUCAGUGGGCUGGUGGAGACCGUGGAUAAAGUGAUGGUGCAUAUGGUCUCCAAGCUUCGGUCCAGCGCAGACGCAGAGGCUCCUUUGGCCAUAGGGGGCAAGAGCUCUGUAGCAGAUUACUCUCUGAUGAAGAUCCCUCAGAACUACAAUCUGCAAAGCUACAGGUUCCCCACACAAGGGAAGAGUUACAUCUCAGUACCAGGAGAGGCCCUCACAAUGCAGUCUCAGACCACAAUCGUGGGACUUUUCUACCACAAAAUGCACAACUACUACAGAAAAAUAAGCCCUCUACAAACAAGGAUAAAUGAGGCAGUGGAUUUCAAAGAUCAUAAGAUCCAGAUGGCCAGUCAUCUUAUUUCCCUGAAGGUGGAACCCUCUCCUGCCCUGUCACUCAACCUGUCCACUGAGCCGCUCAUCCGGAUCGUCCUCACACAUCAGCUGAGUAAAGAACAGCAGCUCCAGGCCUUAAACCAAAGUAAUAAAGUAUUCCUGUACUGUGCCUUCCUGGACUACAGCUCCAAAGAGGGUGUGUGGUCCAACGAGGGCUGUGUGAGAGCUGAUGGAAACCUGUCCUUCUCUAUUUGCUUGUGUAACCAUCUGACAAACUUCGCCAUCCUAAUGCAAGUGGUCCCCAUGGAGCUCUCAAAGGCCCACCAAGUGGCGCUGUCCACCAUUAGCUACAUCGGCUGCUCUGUCUCUAUUUUCUGCCUGGCAAUUACACUGGUCACCUUUGCUGUCCUGUCGUCUGUUAGCACCAUCCGUAAUCAGCGUUACCAUAUUCAUGCAAACUUGGCGUUUGCAAUCUUAGUUGCUCAAAUCCUUCUGCUCAUCAGUUUCCGCUUCAGUCCCGCCACGCUCCCGUGUAAGAUCAUGGCUAUAUUGCUGCAUUUUUUCUUCCUGUGUGCGUUUGCCUGGAUGCUGGUGGAAGGGCUGCAUCUCUACAGCAUGGUGGUCAAAGUGUUUGGCUCAGAGGGCAGCAAACACUUUUAUUACUAUGCAAUCGGAUGGGGAUGUCCUCUCGUCAUAUGUGUGGUGUCUAUGACCUCAUCACUAAACAGCUAUGGAGAGGAUGGCAAUUGCUGGCUGUCUCUGAAGACUGGGGCGAUUUGGGCUUUUGUAGCCCCUGCUCUGUUUGUAAUAAUGGUGAACAUUGCCAUUUUGAUAGCUGUGACACGGAUCAUAUCCAGGAUCAGCGCUGAGAACUAUAAGGUUCACCGAGACGCCAACUCUGUUAAGCUUACGACUAAAGCAGUGGCGGUACUCUUGCCCAUCCUGGGCAUAUCAUGGAUCUUUGGGGUUCUGGCGGUGAACGACCACUCCCUGCUUUUCCAGUACAUGUUUGCAGUGUUUAACUCACUACAGGGGUUCUUCAUCUUCCUGUUUCACUGUCUGUUAAACUCUGAGGUGAGGGCUGCUUUCAAACACAAAACUAAAGUGUGGACUUUAACAAGCAGCUCAAUCCGCAACAUCAACGUCAAACCUUUCAACUCAGACAUAAUGAAUGGCCACAAGGGCGGUGUGGCUCCCACAAAGAUGAACACAUGGGACAAAAGCACCAACUCAGCCAACCGCAUAGAUUUGUCAGCAGUAUAAUGGCUUCUGGUCCAAAGAGAGCAAGAGGACAGCAGCAUAGCAUUUCUUCUAGAACAUGUGCCUUUCUGUAUCACAUUUUAAAUGGACUCCACAUGAUGAAACGGCUACAAACACUUGCAGCUAAAUGUAGAAUAGUUAACUCACAACACAAAGUCCUCUGAUGUCAUUUCCUCCUGCUGAUGAUCUCUCUAAUUCAAACAAAGGAUGGAGACACACGGCCCAUUGUUUGAAUGACUUUUUGAUGGUUUGCUAAUAAUGUGGUCUGCUAAGGAAUCUGAAUUCAAGUAAACACACUAACUCUCACAGACAGGAGACUCUCCAGAGUUACAGUGUGUGAACUGUAACAGUGUUUGCUUGCUUUGAAUUUGUUUUGGACAACGCACUAGACCUGUGCAACAUUUGGACCAUUGUUUGACCAUCUAUUAAUAAAUAGAAUCAUCAAGUACAAAUCUGGAGUGUCUCAACUUUAAUGAGAACGCUUCUUUGCAAUCGGCCUAAAUGAAGCAGUAGCUUGUAUUAAUUCCUGUCCAGCUGCCCACCAGCUAUGGCUUUAAAUUAGACCUGGAAGAGAAGUACAAUACUGGUGAAAAACUCUGGAGUUCCUCCUCAUUAUUGUGACGGUUUUCUCUUUUUUAACCUAGCAUUGUAAAUGGCACUUGUAUUGAACCAAAUAGGAAUUUGAGGUCAAUUAAAUAUUUAUGGUCAUUUAUAAUAUUGCACAACUUUAUAAUAUUGUGUGUGUGUGUGUGUGUGUGUGUGUGUGUGUGUGUGUGGGUGUGGG